AUGGAUGGCAUUUCUCUGCAUGCUAUUAUAUCAUUAAAUUUUGGGCUGACUUUGAAGUACGGGAACUAUAUGAGCCAUAAAACCUGUCGAGCUCAAGGGCCAGUUCUAUGGGGCCAAAAGCUCGCCCAUAAAGAUUCCGCCAUUAUCAAGUGCGGAGGCAUACCUGUGGGACUCAGCUGGGCUUAUGUUCCUGGAGAUGCAUUCUCAGCUUCAACCUUCAUCAACAUGUGGGGCCAAUACAUAAAAGGUCACGUGCCACAACCCAAUAAUCCUGAAUACCCACUUUCAACUCCCAGAGAACCAUUUUCACUAAAACGAGUUGGGGACUGCUGGCUAACUACCAAUAACUGUAAAAUGAAAACUCAUUCUUUCUAUUUCACUGCAAAACUGCUAGACAACAUAAUAUCAAACAUCUCCGAUCAAGUCCAGCCGGUGAAGAUCUCACAUUUCGAAGUCAUGUCUGCGAUAAUAUGGAAAUCUUUGUCCAAGAUCAGGGAAGAUUCAGGGCCAAAAAUCGUGACUAUUUGCUCAACGAUUUCUUGCAAUUGUAGCGAAACUGAACUUUCAUGCAACAAAACGGUGUUCGGCGUUGCAAGAACAGAUCUCCACCCUGCGAGAGGUGACUUACAUGAGUUGGCAGCGGUGGUUGCUGAAAAACUGGAAGUGGAAAAUACUCUGAUCGAAGAAACUGUUGACAGUGACAAUGGAGACUACAUAGUCUAUGGAGCAAACUUGACAUCUCUGAAUUUGGAUGAAGCUGAUAUUUAUGGGCUGGAGUUGAGGAAACAUAAGCCAAUUUUUGCAUAUUAUAGCAUCAAAGGUAUGUUGGGCUAUCGGCCGGAUUCAGAAAUUUAAAUUAAGACUUACUUAUUUUUAAAUAAAGUUUUUAAUUUUAUUUAUUUUAUAUAAAUUUUUAUUUAUAUA